AUGGCUGAUUUGCGUGAACAGCUCGCAGCCAUCAAGUUUUGCUUCCUGCUCGGGAAAACAGCCACAGAAACCCUUAAGAUGUUAAAAACAGCUUACAAAGGUGAUGUUUUAGGGAAAACUCAAGUAUUUGAAUGGUUUUCCCGUUUCAAAAGUGGUGAAAUGUCGAUAGACGACCAAGCUCGCUCUGGACGUUCUUCGACAGCGCGAACCAACGAAAAUGUAGAAAAAAUUCACAAAAUUAUCCUGGAAGAUCGACGGCAAACCAUCGAAAAAGCAGUGGAGAGAUCUGGUGUAACACGGAGUUCAGUACAGAGAAUUUUAAGUGAAGAUUUGGGGUUGAGACGGGUGGCUGCAAAAUUUGUUCCUCGACUGCUUAUUGAACAGCAAAAACAAGGCCGCGUGGAAUCAUGCUCUUCUUUGAAAGAAGAAUUUCAAAAUGAUCCAGACUUCUUUUCCAAGGUCAUUACAGGUGACGAAUCAUGGUUCUAUGAUCCUGAAACCAAGCAACAAUCGAGCCAAUGGAAGACUUCAGCAUCGCCUCGCCCUAAAAAAGCUCGUCAAGUGAGGUCAAACAUUAAGACAAUGCUCAUUUGUUUUUUUGAUGUGAAAGGAGUUGUCCAUUCGGAGUUUAUUCCACCUGGUCAGACAGUUAACCAGGCAUUUUACUUAGAGGUGUUAAAAAGAUUACGCAACAGUUUGAGGCGAAAAAGACCUGAUUUGUGGCAGUCAGGAGACUGGUUUUUUCAUCACGACAAUGCUCCUGCUCACACAGCCCUUUCUGUACGACGGUUUUUGACCAAAAAUAUGACCACUGUGUCCCAUCCACCCUAUUCGCCCGACCUAUCUCCCUGCGACUUUUUUUUAUUCCCCAGAAUAAAAAGGAACAUGAAAGGAAAGCGUUUCGCGGACAUUGAUGAAGUUAAAAACAAAACGACGGAGGCGUUGGCAGGCAUCACAAAAGAUGACUUAAAAAGUGCUUCGAAAAUUGGAACAAAAGAUUGGCAAAUGCAUUAA